AUGCAGGAACUCACGCUGAAAACUUGGAAAGGCAGGGGAGCCAAGACGCAGAAAGGGUGGAUUUGCGUCUUCGUUUGCUUCGCAACCUCAGCUGUUCACUUGGAAGUUGUCACCGAUUACUCAGCCGACGCAUUCAUCGCAGCCUAUCGCAGAUUUGCAGCAAGGAGAGGAACUGCAGCCUCUCUUUACUCAGAUUGCAGUACCAACUUCCAAGGAGCAGACGCACAAUUGAAAAGGCAGUUCAACGACAGCACACGCGAAAAUCAAGACCUCGCAGCUCUACUCGCCAAGGAUGGUACGCAGUGGCAUUUCAACCCUCCUGCCGCUCCACACAUGGGUGGAAAAUGGGAGGCGGAGGUCAAGUCUCUCAAAUUCCACCUGAAGAGGACGAUUGGAGAUGCUUUAUUGACGUUCGAGGAAUCAAUAACAUUGCUCGCGCAGAUUGAAGCCAUCCUCAAUUCACGACUGUUGGAACCACUCAGCGAUGAUCCAGACGACGUCUCAGCCCUCUCACCAGGGCACUUCCUGAUCGGAUCGCCGCUCAACGCAGUGCCAGAGCCCACACUUCUCGACGUCUCGGUCAACCGAUUGUCAAGGUGGCAAUUUCUGCAGCAGCGUCUCCACAAACGAAAAAUGCCACAAACCCAAAAAUGUCGCCAAAAGAAAAUGUCGGAAAAAACUGAAGAGUCACUGUCUCAGAACGGCACUAAAUCUAAAGAGUCUACGAGCUCACUUAUCACUAAUAAAGGCGAAAACCGUUCAACGGACUCGCGUGCACAACACUGCGUAGUCACGAACUGUUACGCGAAGGGCGUGUCUUAUCCGGCUCGAAGGACCAAAAAAUGUCUGCGAAAAGCGUGGUCUGCGUGGUCGGAGAAAGAAAUACGUACCUUGAUUAACACUUAA